AUGGACGCGCACAAUAUGAAGCCAUUUACAAGUUUUAUUAGGACCAUGAACGCCUUUAUCUACGCCACAGCGAUAUGUUUUGUACUUCUGGCGGCUUGCGAACCACACCAUGGAGCCUUCUCAAACGAAGCGCAUGACGAAAGCUCCUCGAGUGAUGAGGGUGAUGAUUACAGUGGCGGAUGUCCAUUUUAUGUUGCUGAGAACAAGACUGGAUUUGGGACGCCUGUUCAAUGUGAGCAUGAAUGCCAGAAUACUACCGAGACUCUAGAAAACAACACACGCUGCUAUGAUAUUGGCGAUGAUGUACUCUUUAGGAUGACGCCAGACCUUCCAUACGCAUGCCCAAUUGGAACCUGCAACAAGGGGAUUUGCGUGCGAAACGGUAAAAACGAGACGUGCUAUAGGAGAAAUCGCCAAAAUCAUCAUGAAUAAAGUUUCCUUUGUAAAGAGUA